GUGAAAAUGGAUGCGACCAUUUCAAAGCGAGGUUGUCGCGAAUCCGCGUCCCAGUGAGCGAGAGUCAGUUUUUGCAGGGGAGGAGAGGAGGAGGAGAGAGAAAGAGAUAGAGAGAGAGGGGAGGAAGGAAGGGGGGGAAGAAGGGGGAAGAGGGUGGUUCGGGAUGACGAUGAUGGCGAUGAGCAUUUCCGGGAUAAACGUGGUGGGAUUAUUAUGUGUAGGUCUCCUCCUUAUGCUUCUCCUCAUCCUCCUCGUCAUCGUCUUUGCCUGCAAGCCAUGGCGCUUCCUCCGCCCCGCCUCCCUCGAUCGGACCGCCCUCAAGGUUGACGAUCUAGAGAGGCCCCUUGUAUCGGAUGAUGCCAGUGCAGGUCAAGGUCAGAGCUAUGAACCAACAAGAAGUUGUGACCUUGAAGGAUCACGUCUUCAACCGGAAGAGUAUUUGUCUUCACCUCGAAUUGAAGGACUUGUUCACAAACCGAGGGUUCCCUCCUCAUCUCCUGGCUUUGAUCAAGGGUCUACUGUGAUUUUAGAUGUUGUUACUGAGCCACUGGAAGAUGCUUAUCUUGGUCAGACACUUAAGCGUUCAUUGGGAUCUAACCUCUCUUUUGAAGAGCAAAAACGCAAUAGAAAGGAAGAGUUAAGCCCUGUCUCAAAAAGCCCUUUGGAUGGAGAUAGGAUUUUUGAGCAUGCAAGCAAGGAUUUCAACCAACAAAGAAGCUGCCUUACCUUGGAGGUUAUCUCGGGCCCUUCUCAAGGGACAUGCUUCUCUAUACGAUCAACUGAUACUUCUAAGCUUCCUCUAACCCUAGGAAGGGUUUCACCAAGUGAUUUACUGCUGAAAGAUUCUGAGGUGUCAGGAAGACAUGCAAUGAUAAACUGGAAUUUGAAUAAUCUAAAGUGGGAGUUGAUAGACUUGGGUAGCUUAAACGGCACACUGUUGAAUUCUCAACCUAUCAACCAUCCUGACACUGGAAGGAGACUCAGAGGUGAUCCUAUUGAACUUGCCAGUGGAGACAUAAUUACCUUGGGUACAACAUCCAAUGUAUAUGUCCGAAUAACAUCCCAAGCUGAGUAUCGUGUCCCUUUUGGAGUUGGUAUGGCAUGUGAUCCAAUGUCUUUGCGUCGUGGAGCAAAGAAGCUUCCCAUGGAGGAUGUCUAUUAUUACCAGUGGCCUCUUCCUGGACUUGAUCAGUUUGGACUUUUUGGUAUCUGUGAUGGACAUGGUGGAGUUGGGGCUGCAAAAUCUGCUAGCAAAUUGUUGCCAGAGAUGGUCGCUACUCUAUUAUCAGAUUCACUGAACAGAGAAAGGGUGUUGUCACUCAAUGAUGCAUCACAUGUUCUUCGUAAUGCAUUCUCACAAACCGAGGAAUGCAUGAAUCACUACUAUGAGGGUUGUACAGCAACUGUGCUUCUCAUUUGGGCUGAUGGCGAGCAAAGGUUUUUUGCUCAGUGCGCAAAUGUCGGAGACUCAGCUUGUGUCAUAGAUAUUGAUGGGAAUCUGAUUAAGAUGACAGAAGAUCAUAGAGUCACUAGUUAUUCUGAAAGACUUCGAAUUAAAGAGAUAGGAGAAGCACUGAAGGAUGGGGAAACACGUCUCUGUGGAUUAAACCUUGCUCGAAUGCUUGGGGACAAAUUUCUUAAACAACAGGAUGGAAGAUUCAGCUCAGAGCCUUACAUAAGUCAAGUUGUACAUAUUGACAAAGCAAACAGGGCCUUUGCACUAAUGGCAAGUGAUGGCUUAUGGGACGUUAUUAGUAUGAAGAAGUCAGUUCAGCUAGUGCUCCAGACCAUGGAGAGAUACUCUGCGGAGAGGGAGGAUGUGGCAGACAAGAUAGCCAAUUCUUUGCUAAGCGAAGCUAGAAAUCUUCGAACAAAGGACAACACAUCAAUAAUACUUUUGGACUUCAGCAACUCAUCUGGAGCUUCUUCGUGCAGAGUUGGUUCUUGAUUUGAUGAUGGUGCAGUUUCAGUAAUACUUUGGCUUUCUACAAGUUCAGAUUCUGCCUUUGAGUGGCAUGGACAGAGAGCAACACCCGAGCACUCGUUCUUCUGGGGACUAAAGAGGCUCAUGAACUGUUUGCUGCCGAAGCUAAUUGCAUCCAUGGAUUUUGAGUGCGCGUCUAACUUUGCCAGUUAGUGAAUCAGCAGAUUUUGUAGAAAGAGAAAAAAAUAAAAAGCAGAAGCCAUUCCAACGAAGAGCAAGCCAUGUUUGACCUCCAUGCCAUAGAUUUUUUAGGUCGACAAUGUGGGGAAACUGCACCAUCUGCAUUGCGGUUCGGUACAUGAUUUAUCAGGUUAGCCCAGGCACAUAUACACAGAACCACACACUAACAUUUAACAAACUGACCAUUAGGUGUUCGGAAACUCUGCACCAUGAGUCGAGUUUUGGGUUAUGUAAGAGAACAUAUGUAUCCCUUCCUUUGUAUAUAAUUCCAAUAGUUUCAGUUUCAUA